CUUAACGGUUCACUUCUAACGUCCCUUCCCUUUCUGUUUUCUGCACAGGCUGUCGUUUACAUCCACGCUGAAGAUGGACUCCGAUGCCAGUUUAGUCUCCAGCAGGCCAUCUUCUCCAGAGGUCGAUGACAUCUUCUUGUCUUCGGCGAGGAAAGCCAGCGGCUUCUCGGGCGCGGUGUCCUCCACGCAAAGCGACUCUCCUCCCGAAAUGGGCAACGACAUGAGGUCGUCGAUCUCGGUCAGUCCAGGGGAGGACAGCCUCACUUUGAAAAUGUUCUCCAAGAAGGACCGAAAGCUCCUGUCGGACACCGAGCUGCAGCAGAUGAGGCUGAAGAUCAACAGCCGGGAACGAAAGAGGAUGCACGACUUGAACAUCGCGAUGGACGGCCUGAGAGAGGUGAUGCCCUACGCGCACGGGCCUUCGGUCAGAAAACUCUCCAAAAUCGCCACUCUGCUUUUGGCCCGAAACUACAUCCUCAUGCUCAGCAGUUCCUUGGAAGAAAUGAAGAGACUGGUUAGUGAGAUCUAUGGGGGGCACCACAGUGGAUUUCACCCGUCAGCCUGCGGGGCCAUGGCGCACACGGGACCUUUGCCGGGUCACCCGGUCUCUCACGCGGCGCAUCAGGUGCAUCACCCCAUCAUCCCGCCCUCCGUUUCCACGGCUUCCCUCUCUGGACCGGCCAUUUCGGGGGUGAGCUCCGUGAGACCCCACCACGGCCUCCUCAAGUCUCCGUCUGCGGGCGCGGGACCCCUGGGGAGCAGCUUUCAGCACUGGGGCGCUGGGAUGCCCUGUCCGUGCAGCAUGUGCCAGGUGCCACCUCCUCAGAUAUCCAGCAUGUCCACAGUCACCCUGCCCAGACUGACCAGUGACACCAAAUAAACAUUUUUAGUGGUACCAUGCAGUACUGGGGACUAACGGUGCUCGUCAAUCGCAGGUGUUGUCGCAAGAAAGUCUGAGACGAGUGACGUGUCUAGAGACGUUUAAGAAAUUCUAUAAAUUAUAUAUAUAAAUAUAUAUUUUUUUCCAAAAUCAAAAACUUGGCACAAGUGCACUAGAUGAGAAUCGGACAGGCACGAAAAAUCAGCGGAACAGCGGUGGUCUUGUUGAUUCCUUCAUGUUGGUUUUGUGACUUAUUUAGAAAGCGGCUUCUAUAGGCACAGCGCUAAUGGCUUCUUUAGGUUGCAUUGAUGUUUGUUUAAAUUUAAUUAAGCUGCCUUUAAAAGAAAACAAAAAAAAAUAAAAAUAAAAAGAGAAGACUAAAGAAAAGCAAAACUUGAAUUCAAGAACGAAACCGGAGCUGAAUCUCCGUGCUGUGCUCGUGCAAUGGCGGACCGACCGAUCGACCGCGUGUCGAAUUUCACGGACAACGAAAGCGGCUGAGCGGGAAUCACCCGCGACCCCGGCACUGGGGGGACUUCUGGACAUCAACACUUGAAAUGUGUAUCUGCAGAGGUUUACGUUUAUACAUUAAAGAGAAAGAGAGAGAAGACUGAAAAAUGAAAAGACUUCUCGGUAUACAUUAAGGGCCACUCGGAGAUCCUGCUCUGGAGUUUUAUUACAUUUGUAAUAACGGACUGACCCGAACCUUCAUGACUUUAUUUUACUGCCGUCCCUUAAAUUCAUUGUCACUUCUAACCUUACCUUCUAAACUGCUUGACUGUCAGCGUCCAGUAUUUGCCAGCCCCGUUAGUGUUGACUAAGUAAAGUAGAAUUAAAACAAAGUAUGUCGAUGUCACUGCCCGUUCGAAAGACUGACCUCCUCUUUAUUUUUUAUAUCAAAAACGAAAUAUUUAUUUACAAGGGGGAAUUCAUGAAUGUCGAACUGUUGAAAAUUUUAAAUAAAAUAAGCAAACAAA